AUGGCGUCCUCCAGCUUCAUCCUGACCCUGUCGGGUCCCGAUCGCCCCGGUAUCGUCCAUGCCGUCACGGCCUUCCUCGUCCAGCACAAUCUGAACAUUGUCGACUCCUCUCAAUUCGGCGACCUGACCUCGAAGCGCUUCUUCAUGCGCGUGCAAUUCGUCGCCGCGGUCGAGACCGAGGCAAUGCCCGAGUUGGAGAAGCUCUGCGCGGCCUUUGAGCCUACCGCCAAGUCUUUCUCCAUGGAGUUUGAGAUUCACCCCACCACCCAGAAGCCUCGCGUCAUGAUCAUGGUCUCCAAGAUUGGUCACUGCUUGAACGACUUGCUCUUCCGCCAGUCCACCGGUCAGCUCAACAUCGAAGUCCCCCUCAUCAUCUCCAACCACCCCGACUUUGCCGCGCUGGCGGCAACCUACAACAUCCCCUUCAUUCACCUCCCCGUCACCGCCGACACCAAGGCCCAGCAGGAGGCCCGGAUCCUGGAACUGGUGCAAGAAUACAAGAUCGACCUGAUCGUUCUGGCCCGGUACAUGCAGGUUCUGUCACCCAAGCUGUGCGAGGCCAUGUCCGGCCGCAUCAUCAACAUCCACCACAGCUUCUUGCCCUCCUUCAAGGGUGCCAAACCCUACCACCAGGCCUAUGACCGUGGUGUGAAGAUCAUCGGCGCCACGGCCCACUUUGUCACCAGUGACCUGGAUGAGGGUCCUAUUAUCGAGCAGAAUGUCGUGCGUGUCAACCACGGCAUGAGCCCCAAGGAGCUCACCCACGCGGGUAGUAACGUUGAGAGCAACGUGCUCGCCUCCGCCGUCAAGUAUGUGACGGAGCGUCGCGUGCUGCUCAACGGACACAAGACCGUUGUGUUCAAUUAG